GCGCAGGCGAGGCGAGGCGAGGCUCCCGGGCCACAGCCAGGCCGCACCACACGGCCAGUCAGUCCGCCGACAGGAGCCUGCCUGAGCCGAGCCCUGCAGCGCGAGCGCCGAGGGGGUCCUCCUCACGUCCCGUCGCGAGGCGCUAGCGAGGCGCGCGGUGCUGCGCAGGCGGUGGGCGCCAGCGGGCGAGCGCGACCACAGGGAGGGAGCGCUGGCGCGAGCGCUUCGACCCGCGCCCGAGCGUGCGUGCGUGCGUCCGUGCGCGCGAGUGUGCGCGCGCGAGUGAGUGCAGCAGUGAGUGCCAGUGAGUGCCAGUGAGUGCAAGCGAGCGCGGGCCCAGGGAUGGCGCGGCCGCCUGCGCGCUGACACUGGCAUGGUGGCGAGCAGCGCUAAGCGCGGGGCGCGCGGCGGGGCGGCGCGGCGCCGGGCGACCGGCUGCUGCUGCUGAGCGAGCCCAUCGCCCUCGCGCAGCGCAGCGCAGCGCGCCAUGGGCUGCGAGCUGGGCAAGCUGGCCGCCUCCGAGCGGGGCGGCGGCCGGGGUGGCGGCGGCGGCGACGGCGGCGGGGGCAAGGACGACAUCCCCGCGCCGCCCGCCACGGACCCGCGGCUGCCCCUCACCGCCAAGCAGAAGUACACCAUGCUGGCCUCCUGGAAAGGCAUCAACCGGGAGAUGGAGGCCACGGGUGUCAACAUGUUCAUCAAGCUGUUCGAGGAGCACAAGGAGCUGCUCAACCUGUUCGAGAAGUUUAUCGCGCUGCAGACGCGAGAAGAGCAGGCGAGCAGUGAGGAGCUGCAGGAGCACGCCACCAAGGUCAUGAACACCCUCGACGAAGGCAUCCGCGGCCUCGACGACAUGGAUGCCUUCUUCUCGUACCUUGGACAGGUCGGCGCAAGUCAUCGCCGGAUCAACGGCUUCCAGAGCCAGUACUUCUGGAAAAUCGAGGGACCGUUCCUAAAAGCGGUGGAACAGACGCUGGGCGACCGCUACACCGCCAAUGUGGAGAACAUCUACAAGGUCACCAUCAAGCUGAUCAUCCAGACCCUGGUGGACGGCUUCGAGGGUACUGGCCCUGCCGCCGGCUCCGCGGGAUCCUGAGGGGGUGGCCGGCCACCCUAGUCCCCCGGGGGGCCGCGGGCCGGCCGGCCGGGUCGGGGGGCGGGUGGGGCGAACGCAGCUGGCCUGCGCCCCCUGCCUGCCACUCCGCCUCCGGCCGCGGCCCCGCACAGAGAAACUCGUCAAUUAAAGGACUCCGCGACAGGACGCCACCGAGACACCGCCAGGGCGCCGAGGGCACGCCCGACGCCACGGCGGUCCUCUCCUCCUCCCCGGCCUCCACGGGCUGCCCACCCUGGCCGGGACGGGGGAGUCAGCCGCCCGGCCGGGUCCACCCAAAGUGACCCCUCGGCCCGCCGGCAGCAGCCCGCCGUGCGACAUGGACUGUGUUUGUGUACCGCCGGUGCGGCCCGACCGGCGCCGUGCGCCCGCUGGGAUCAAGCCCCAAAAUCAAAAUGUUGUUCGUUGUUUAAUUUUUUCGGUGGAAGUUUGAUGCUUCCGCCGGCGUCAGUGUUUUUGUGCCCUUGUCUCCAAUACCAAUGUUACGGGCAAGCGAGAGAGGGGUUAUGACGAAUUGUACAUGAUAAUGUUUUAUUCUAUCGUUGUGUACAUUGUACACUGUACAACGAAUAUUUGUUUUUCUGUUUGUUAUCGAUUUAUUUUUCCCCUGUAUUAUCUGUGUUCAUCAAUGUCAGUGUGUUGUCGCCAAGUUUGUACGUAUAUCUGUAUUUAACAAAAAAAAUGCGCUGUGUUCCGUGUGUCAUGUUGUAUAUUUGUGCGAGCGUGUCUGCGUGUGUGUGUGUACGAAUGUAUGUGAAUGUGUGUUCCAGAGACCUUUACGGUUUGUAGAGAGAGUAAUAAAUGUGGUAAAACAUA